UUGCUAAUCCUUGACUCAGACACAUGUCAGAAAUAUUAACAAAUAAACGGGAACUGCUGACUGGCGAUAGUCAGCGUUGUGUAUAUACAUAUGUACAAUAAAAAGUGAUUAUUGUUUUUAUUUUAUAAUCGAUGUGCACCGAAAAUUAGUCGAUGUUUAACACAGUGCCAGUCGCGACCAGGUAAUUCGGGAGACCAGCUAUUUAAAGCUACGCGACAUAUCCGCACGGAUAUAUUCAAUUACACUCGCCAGUUUUAAAUAACUGGUUAAGUAAAAUCUUGCGGCACGCGAAGGAAAAGAGAAAGGAACGAAAAAUAGUUCAAGUGCUGUGUAAGUGUGCGAAUCUCCACCAAGACAAGAUAUGAUAAGAACGAACGAAGUUCGAUGAUAGAUAGCAUUACCAUUGAGCUCCUGUACAUUUAAUCGGCACAAUGGCUGCGACAAUGAUUGCGUUAGCUGUAUCCACGCUAUACAUUGUGCUCACAAGUCUCAUAGCUUAUUGGAUGAGAAGAUAUGUGACAUAUUACGUACGGGAUCCGUUCGUAAGGUCCCUAUUUUUAGAAGGCAUUGCUACCGGCGAACUUUGCGGAGCAUGCUUUGAACUCAUAAUAAUUGCAGACAACUGGGGUGUUUCCAUGUACGGGUUAUAUUUGUUUGUACUGACGAUUUGGUGGUCCAUGAAUUGGGACGACGCAACCGCGUGUCCUUAUACUCACCUCGAGGAUGUUGUCGAGGGAAAGAAAUCUGUUCGAGACGCUUUCCUUUUAAUAUGGGCUGAACUUGUCGGCGGCCUUGCUGUUUUUAGAUAUGUACAGUUACUUUGGGCACUGGAGAUUGUCUCCACGCACAAAAACAAAGCGUUCGAAGACUGCACUACCGACCUCCAAGUACCAGUAAUAUUUGGAGCGUUUGUCGAGUGUUUAGCGACGUGCGUAUACAGGGUGGUUUCGCGCGGUUUGAGCGAGAUAAAUUCAAAGUUUAGCAUUAUCAUCGAUUCCUUUAUCGGAACCAGUCUGGUUAUCGCAGCUUUUGAUUAUUCCGGCGGCUACUUUAAUCCCGCGCUGGCAACCUCCUUGAAAUACGGAUGUUUGGGAACAUCUUUUAUGGAGCACGUGAUAGUGUAUUGGGUGGGCGCAUGUGCUGGUUCUAUUGCCUCUUUACGAGUUUACAGACAUCCGCUCAUCCAACGUUACAUGGAACAGUACAAAGAGAAGACACUUUAAGCCACAGACGUCGGGCUAUUACACCUCGAGUGUUUCCUCUCGUUCGAUCUUCUUUUCUGUUUUAUUACCGUUUUAUUUUCCGAUUUAUUUAACAUACGUGUUUUCUUUUCGCGCGAACUCCGUACAGAGUCGCGUGCAAGAUUCUAACACGAUCGAACCUUCCAGAUUGUUACAAAAGCUAUGUUUGCGCACAAGGCGAGUCUGUGGAUUGUCAAACCUCGAAUGUUGUUCAUUGGCGUGUAGUUAACGUUCGGUUAAAUUUACGAUUAAUAGUACAAGAUUGCGAGUUCAAAUUAGCGUGUAAUACGUAACAGUUAAUGGUGUACAUAGUGUAUCAUAAUUGUAUAAAAGAAUAAAAAAUUUACGAGUAAUUUUUA